AACCUAGCCUCUGCAUCUAUCUGUAUACUGUCUCUAUCAAUAAUCCAGUUGGGUCAACUUAUUGAACCUUCGGACCCACCUUCACUCUCUUCUUUUCCCUUUAUAUACGAAAAAACCAAAACCAAACACCAACGUAGUAACCAUUUCAUAAACAACACCAUACCUUGUAUAACACAUUACAUCAUUAAAUCAUCAAUCACCAAUGGAAGAACCCACAUUUCUGUUCCCACCACCAGACUCAGACCUCGACCUCAGUUUCACCAGCACCACCACUGACCGGACAUUCACCUCCUCCAGCGCUCGCACCAGCUUAGCCCGCACAAGCAGUCUCGCUCUCAGCUUUAACGAUCGUCUCUCAACCGCCUCAGCCGCUGCCGGAGAUACCGUUUCCUCCGCAAUCAUACGACGUCCUCACCGUAGCUCUGACCCUAACUGGACUGCAAUCAAGGCCGCAACAAAUCUGUCCUCCGACGGCCGUCUCCACCUCCGUCAUUUAAAGCUGCUCCGCCACCUUGGCUCCGGAGAUCUCGGCCGUGUUUUCCUCUGCCGUCUACGUGACUACGAUGGUGCAAAUUUCGCACUUAAAGUUGUUGAUAAAGACCUUCUCACUCUUAAGAAAUCCACUCACGCGGAAACAGAAGCAGAGAUCCUUCACGCGCUCGAUCAUCCUUUUCUCCCCACGCUCUACGCGCGUAUCGACGUUUCUCACUACACCUGCCUCUUAAUCGACUACUGCCCCGGCGGAGACCUCCACUCUCUCCUCCGCAAACAACCGGGAAACCGCUUUACACUCUCCGCAGCUCGUUUCUUCGCCGCCGAGAUCCUCGUCGCACUCGAAUAUCUCCACGCGCUCGGCGUCGUCUACCGCGAUUUAAAACCCGAGAACGUGCUUAUACGUGAAGACGGACACGUCAUGCUUUCAGAUUUUGAUCUCUGCUAUAAAGCUGACGUGUCACCCACAUUUGAAUUUUCAACCAAUCAUAAACUUCACGUGGAUCCCACUCACGGUUGUUUCAGUUAUAACAGAUCAAAAUCACGAGAGAGUGUAACCGCUGAGUUUGUUGCGGAACCAACAACGGCGUUUUCACGGUCGUGCGUCGGAACUCACGAGUAUUUAGCGCCGGAGCUUGUUUCUGGUAACGGUCACGGUAACGGCGUGGAUUGGUGGGCGUUUGGUGUUUUUAUUUACGAGCUUUUAUACGGAACGACGCCGUUUAAGGGGUGUAACAAAGAGAGCACGCUGCGCAAUAUAGCAUCUAACAAGGACGUGAAGUUCCACGUGGCGGAGAAUGAGGAGGUGGGAAUGGUGGGAGCGAGGGACUUGAUAGAGAAGUUGUUAGUAAAAGAUCCGAGAAGGAGGCUAGGAUGCGCCAGAGGUGCAACGGAUAUUAAACGGCACCCUUUUUUUGAUGGGAUUAAGUGGCCUUUGAUUAGGACUUAUAAGGCACCUGAAGUUAAGGGACUAUUGAGGAGGAAAAAAUCAGAAUCGAGUUUGAGUCAUUUGAGUAGUAAGAGGAAGAGAGGGUGGUGGAAGAGACUUGGAUGUGUGUUGAGAAAUAAAGGAGCUAGAUUUGAUUUACUUUCGAAUUAUAGUAAUAAUAAUCAUUAUUAUUCUUAUGUUAAUAAUAGUAAGGUUAGGUAAAUGCUAUUGAGCAUUGGUAGUAUUGUUUACAUUUUGAAGUUUGAAGGGUUACAUUCAACCUAUAGGAUAGUUAAUAGUGUGACCUUAGAGUUUUCAGUUUUUGGAGUGUGUAGUUUUUUCACGUACAAUACAGAUUCACAGUUUGUAUAUGAAUGAUGAAUCAGAAUAUUUAUAUAAACUAGCGAUUCAUGUU